AUGUCAAUUACAUUAUAAAUAUCAAUUUCAAUAUUGAGAUCCUCAAUAUUAAAAUUGAUUCAAAGUAAUUCUUAAAUAGCCAAUUUAAGGAAUCAAUUUAUUGAAGAAAUUGCAUCAGAAAUUGGAUAUUAUAAGAAAUAUUCUAUUUUUAUAACUAUAUGAUAAUCAUCAUUCAGUAAUUUAACUGAAAUUUUAUACAUUAUCAUUCUCGCUUAUUCAAGCAAAUAAAAAAUUUAGAUCUGAAUAAUUACAAACACAAAAUCUGUGUUCAUAGAAUAAAAGAUAUCUUGUAUUAAAUUAUAAAAUUGAUAUUGAAAAAAUACUAAAAUAAUUUUAAUGA